AUGAACCUGGUCAUGGAUGCAGGAUCACCUCUACCGGUGCCGGAGCUAGCCGUGCGGGUAGCCUUUGCAGCAAGAGCAGAUAGUCUGAUCCUGGGCUACUCACAUGCCUUCCGCCUUGUGGAGCCGUCGCCCGAACGCAUCAAGGUGGCGGGCACCGCAGAGUCCCUUCAAGUGGCCCGCAGCACAAUUCCCAAGCUCGACGUGGCAUCGGCUUUUGAGGAGGCCGUUGAGGUGGAGGGCAAGCAGCUGGAGGACUCUGGGGGUCUGGUCAGCGCCUUCUCCUUCAUCAGCAACCUCAGCAAGAGGGCCUCCGAGCCCGCCGUGCGGGGCUUCCUCAGCGCCCUGCACCGCGUGCAUCCUUUGGUCGAAGAAGCCAACGUCAUCACUCGGGAGGUUUUUGGCAAUGCAGACCUGCACCUUGAGAUACAGACCUUGACCGACGUCCUGGAUUUCAACAGUGAUUCUCCUGAGAUUGUGAUUUGCUGCUUGGAGAAGCCUUCUCCCCUGGCACGCUUCCAGCAGACCGUGAGCACGGUCCAGCAAUGUUUGCGCAACCCAGCUGCGCCAACCUCCUCGCAAGAUUUGGCAGACAAGCGCUGGAUGUUGGGCUGCGCAAAGCACCCACUAGCCCAUGCCAUGGGCCUGGAUGAGCACAUGACCAUUCGCGGCCAUGGGCACUUGCUGUCCAUCUGGUCCCUGGAGGAGUUCCUGCAGCGGCUGAGUGAAAUCCGUGACCUCUACCAGGAAGCCUGCGAGACCGGAGAAGGUUUUGAGGGGACGCGCUCAACUUUGGCCGCCCAGCCCUUCCAGAACCCCUGGCAUCAGUGCACCUUCUCCCACAUGAAAGUCUUGGCAGAGGAGGCAGCAUCUAUCAGGACCAGCCCCUUGUUGAGGUGGUUGCUGCGGAGCCCUCCAAAGGCACCGAUCCAGCAAGCACCACCACCAGGCGCAAGCAUUGCCGGAGCCAUCGCGCAGUCGUCCUGGUCGGUGCACGCAGACCUCAAGCGGAGGCCCUCGGUCCCGGAGUCCUCGCCAAGCGCCUGCAGCUCAAGCCAUUUGUUCCCCGUGGGCGGCGGGGACAAGGACAAGCCUACUCCGCGAACGGGCUUCUUUGAGGUGGACAACUCGCCACUUCCAACUAUGGCAUCCUACUUGAAAGGUUUGCUGACGGACCCUUCGAGUGCUGACGUACAGCUCGCGGUGACAGAACCAUGCGAAGGGCAAGAGCCGAUGAUCGUCCCGGCCCACAGCAUCAUCCUCACAAGGCUGCCUUUCUUCCGGCGACUGAUUGCCGACCAUCGUGCCAUUGGGAAGUCACCGAUCAUUGUGCCUCACGCCCUUUCUGUGAUCAUCUUGCGUCAGCUCUUGGUCUAUGCCUACACGGACAGUGUCAAGGAAGCCACUGCGACGCUGUCGCCGAACAUGCUUCGUCAGCUGCAGAAGGCAGCAUCCAACUGUGGAAUGCCGGAGCUGUGCAAGGCCUGUUGUCAGAAGCUCACGGAAUCUUCGGAGACUGCGAAGCCAGCUACUGCAUCCCCCGUGAGCUCAGGUCACGUGGUAAAGAGGCGCAUCUCAAAUGCAUCGUCCCAACCGCAGGUCCGUCCCGCAAGUUCUUCGGACUCUCGGGGGCUGCCCGUGCUCCUGAGCAAGAAGUCAUCCCUCAGCGAAAGCUCAGCCGGCGGCAGCACAAGGCUUAAGAACCCGCUUGGCAACGACAAGCCCGACAAGCACAUUCGUGCCGGGAGCGACCUGAAGCAUGAAGCUGUGGAGACAGCAAGUUCCAAUCACACUCCGCUCUGCUUGGAGUCCAACUCCAGCAUCGGCGCAAGCCCCAUGGAGGGAAGGGAUUCGGAGAACAGCCGCUCAAAAGCUGUCCGACUCAGUUCCGGCAGCCUGAGGGCCUUUGCAGAUGAGAUGUCGGAGCUGCGUCGCAUCCUUCUGGCCCAGCCGAAGGCAGAGGGCCUGGGAAACGUGCCCAAGCGAGCCACGGAGUUGCUGGAGGACCUGCAGAUGAGCAUGAUGGAGACCAUCCGCAAUGAGUUCAAGGGCCUGAAAGAGGCGCAGGAGGAGAAGCAGAGCCCGGAGACUGCCUCGCUCUCCUCGCUGGCCGUGGGCAUCACCUCGCAGAUUCACAACCUCCGGGAUGAUCUGCUGUCCAUCCUGCACAGCAACGGGUCCCAGGGCAGCGUCUGCAGCUCCACUCGGAAUUCCUGCAGCCCGCCUCCGCGCAUCGUGGCCAUGCCACGAGAGGAGUCUCCCCCCGCUGCGCGCGUGGUCGCGCAAGCGGCCGCAGCUCCUGUAUCGGGCUUCUCUACCGAACCAGUGGUCCGCCCUGCUACAGCCUCGCCCACCCCGGACGGGCGGCUGUCCCCAGCACCCCCUCUCUCCCAGACUUCCCUCGGAGGCUCCCUGCCCUGCUCCGUCCCAGGCUCCGUGAUGCCAUCAUCUCCCCACCUUCGCAUGUCUAAGCCCCUGCAACAGCGGCUGGUGGUGACCGCCUCAACCGGCCAGCUGCCUGCUGCCGGCCGCUCGCCGUCGCCUCCCUCAAUGUACCGCCGCUAUGUGGUCCCUUCCUACCAGAAGCCCCCUGGAAGGGCGCAGCAGGCCGCCAGGCCUUCAGCUCGCUCCAUGUCUCCUCUUCCACGGACGGGCUAUCUGCCCAUGGCCCCCAGAGGUCGCCACACAGGAUGGAUGCCUUCGAUGCCGGUGGCGCCCGUGUCGGUGCGAUGGUCACCGAGCCCCCGGCAGCGAACGAACAUAUCGCCCGCAACAACAAUUCACGGCUCCGGUCCCUUCCACUCGCUGCAGGAACCAGUAGCCGUCGAUCCGCGUAAAGCCCCAACGCCUCCGUCCAACACUGCCGCGGCGCCGGCAAGGGCGGAGGUCACCUCAAAGCCCCAUGCAGCCCGCGUUGAGUCUGUGGAGUCCCUCAGCGUGUAG